CUGCAGGAAGGAGCUGGCUGUCUCCUGCCAUUCAUACCUGAGCCGAAGUUGAACCCAGCUUGCGAACAAAGUCCCUAGAGAGGCUAUUUCCUGACCAGCCCUAUCCCCUCCAACACCAUGUGACACUGAGGAGCCUGCUGACGCGGAGUCUGAGCGCCCGCCUGCAUCUCUCUCAGCAGCUCCGGCAGCAGCUGGAGCCUCCGCCUGGCCAGGAAUUUCCUGGCCAGUUCCUCCAAGGUUCAGGGUGGAGCAGGGAGACGCAGAACGGCAGCUCUGGGCCACUCCAGAAGGGAAGCUGAGUUAAACAGCACCUUCCCCCCACCUGUGGCCUUCCCUGGGGGAUGCAGGACUGUGUUCUCCCUAGUCCUCAUCUCUAACUGGCACUGAGGCCCUUGGUAUACGGACAGGCCUCUUCAGGUACAGAGUUGCAGGGGCGUCUGGAGAAACGCGACACAGACUUCCGCAGACAUCAGCCACGAUGUCCCUGAGAGUGCACACGCAUUCUCCCAGCACCCAGGGAGACAUGGCAUUCAACCUGACCAUCCUGUCCCUCACUGAGCUCCUCAGCCUGGGUGGGCUGCUGGGCAACGGAGUGGCCCUCUGGCUGCUCAACCAGAACGUCUACAGGAAUCCCUUCUCCAUCUAUCUCUUGGAUGUGGCCUGCGCCGACCUCAUCUUCCUCUGCUGCCACAUGGUGGCCAUCAUCCCCGAGCUGCUGCAGGACCAGCUGAACUUCCCUGAGUUCGUCCAUAUCAGCCUGAUCAUGCUGCGGUUCUUUUGCUACAUUGUCGGCCUGAGCCUCCUGGCGGCCAUCAGCACGGAGCAGUGCCUGGCCACCCUCUUCCCCUCGGGGUACCUGUGCCGCCGCCCACGCUACCUGACCACCUGCGUGUGUGCGUUCAUCUGGGUGCUCUGCCUGCUACUGGACCUGCUGCUGAGCGGCGCCUGCACCCAGUUCUUCGGAGCACCCAGCUACCACCUGUGUGGGAUGCUGUGGCUGGUGGUGGCAGUGCUCCUGGCUGCCCUGUGCUGCACCAUGUGUGUGACCAGCCUGCUCCUGCUGCUGCGGGUGGAGCGAGGUCCAGAGAGGCACCAGCCCCGGGGCUUCCCCACGCUGGUCCUGCUGGUCAUCCUGCUCUUCCUCUUCUGCGGCCUGCCCUUCGGCAUCUUCUGGCUGUCCAAGAACCUGUCCUGGCACACACCCCUCUACUUCUAUCACUUCAGCUUCUUCAUGGCCAGUGUGCACAGUGCGGCCAAGCCUGUCAUCUACUUUUUCUUGGGCAGCACACCCGGCCAGAGGUUUCAGGAACCCCUCCGGCUGGUGCUCCAGCGGGCACUGGGGGAUGAGGCUGAGCUGGGGGCUGUGAGAGAGGCUUCCCAAGGGGGACUUGUGGACAUGACUGUCUAAGUGGGUCACAACUGCAGCCCCAG